CUAGGAUUAACUACCUACUUAAAAGACUUUAGUAAUAAGAAACAGUAUCUAAGGGGCUUUAUAUUAUUAAAGUAUACUAUAAAGCCAGACGACUUUAUAGCUAAGGAUAACGCUAAGCUCCGGCAUAUAUAUACGGCUAUUAGACGCCUUAUUUAG